AUGUCUCGAAAGUACUUAAAAUUAAGUCUACUAUCCUUACUUUUGGCUAUUACUUAUAACCCACCCAUUGCCUACGGUCGAGUCACGGUAUCCCCAGGCAUUCGCUCGGGCCUCGUUGCCAGAAGUCCAAAAGGCGGUGGAGGAGGCGGUAUUCAAGGUGCCGACGUUUCUGAAAAUAUCAACGAUAGUCUACCUACUUGGUUCACCAAAAGCCUUAAGAAGAUAGAUGCACCAGAGCCCGAUAUCAAAGCCUCAGGGCCCUUCAUUGAUCUUUCCAGAACAGGUGCUCAAUUCCUUGGGAUCGCUGGAAGAGCUCAGAAAGAAGAAAUUACCAUCCAUGUUGACGAUGCGGAUUUGAUCGUCGAAAGCAACAAUUACCGAUGGGGUGGGGAUAUCGUAGGAACUAACGCCGGCCUGAACACUCACAUGGUUUCGGGGGACAGCCGUUAUAGUGCUCUCGCAUCGAUGUUUCGAGGUGCCACUCGAGGUGGCAGGUUGGUCGAUGACUUUACUCAAGUGACUCUAUACAACCCCAAGGGCAGCGCCGAGGCGCCCUAUAAGUUUUUGAUGUCAAGGGCGAAUAGAAUGAUAAUUGUUGAGCGGUACCGUCCUAACGACGAUAUCGCGAUCGAGACUCUGAACUUUGGCGAUAUCACUUAUCUCGCUUGGAAUCUGUAUGCAAAACAGGAGGUGAACCGUGGUAUGGGGUUGGGGGACAUACAGUGGAUAGGAUUGGUUGAUCUCAAUGAGAAGGCACAAAAGUAUAUCAAGGAAGGAUACGAUAUCAUGAAGGAAGCUGAUCCAGAUGCGGAUCUUUCAAAGCCGGGAUUUGACCGUCUUGUGCUUUCGGGAACAAUGGGGCGUGAGUCUAAUGAGCCGGAAGGAGACCCUGAAGGAAGCCCUAAGAAAGGCCCUAAAGAAAACCCUGAAGAAGACCCUGAAAGUGAUCCGGAAAGUGAUCCUUCAGAAACAUCUCGAAGAGCACCAAAUCCCACACAGACACGCCGGCCAGAUCCAAGUCCCUCGCGAACGCUCUGGGAUGACCUAGACGAACUAGUGCCCGGAGAUAUACCAACGACCCAAAAACCCCCCAAACCCUCACCAGAACCCGAACAGGCACCCAAAGAUAUCAAUCGGGGCAACCCCGGCGAUAUUAAUAACCCCGACGAUAACCUAAAUAAACACCGCAGGGGAAUCAGGAUACCAAAAACCCAAAAUGCGGGUCUCAUACAAAAACGUCAAAAGGGCUCUUCAACAAGAGCAAAGGAGAUCGAAACGCACGUUUAUAACGCCCUGAUUGCCAUACCUUCCGUUAGAGAAUUCACAUUCAUGUGUGUCCAAAAACGAGCACAGUUGGACCACAGAUCUAUCAAUCUCAUUUUGACCCAGCCGAAUAGGAGAUCUGAUGAUAAUUCCGUUAUUGAUAUCCAAAUGCUACUUCGAGUUAGUUUAGAAUAG